AGUUCAUCUGCAGCGUGCGACGAGUACAGUUAAGAUUUCAGAUAAAAGCGCAAAUUUGCAAAUUUCAUAUGAAGUGAAAAAAAUCAUAGAAGGAUAAUUUCUGUUCAGUAUCCAUCGUUAAAGUUGAGUGCGGACGUGUGUAACUGGUGUGCGUUGGUGUAAGCUCAGUCGAGAGUGUAUCUGGCAAGCGCAUAAUAAAUCAGUGUAUCUGUAUCCGUAAUAGAGUGACUGCUACGGAAAUUGAAAAUAUAUUAAAAUAUCUACAACAAAAAUAAAUAUAAAAUAAAUUUCAAAUUAAUUAAAAAGAAUUAUAAAAAUUAAUUUUUAUAUUGCGAACUUUCUCAUAUGAAAUAUACUUUCUUAAAUAACUGAAAAAAGAUAUUUUUUUCUUGUAUUUUCGAGAUAAGAAUUUUUAUUCCGUAGAAGAAACGCGUGUGAGUUGGUGUGUGUGUUUUGCUAUAAGCUGUAAGCUGUAAGCUGUAAAAACUAAGUUCGUGUCUGGAACGAAUUCAAUUUUUAGUUGCGUUUGUAAUUUUGUAUCUGCAGCAUCGCUACUACGCAUCGCAGCGCAUCGUUUGGCUUACGCUAACGCUUCAUACGCUUCGCUUACUGAAGUUUGUCAGACAACGAAUUGCGUACCAUCGCUUGCCUAGUCAACCGUUUCGGUCGCCUUUGAAAGCAAAGUUUUAUAAAAAAAAAGAUUUUAAACUUUGUCACUUGGAACGUACGUGUGAGAAACGACAGUAAUGAAGGGUUGCCAUUUGUUUUCGCUAACAGUGCUUGCAUUCGCAACACUGGCAGUGCUGCCAGAGACAGUGUUUGGCACAACGGAAGUACAAGAGACGCCAUUGGCAUUGCCAGUCGCCGAACAGACACAACCGACAACAGCUUCGCAGGGUGAGAUUUGGGAAGAAGACGACCAUGAAAUAUUAAUACGCAAUGAACGUGGCACAAAGAGCGAUGGCUUAUCGUGUCGUUAUGGUAAGAAUCCAUGGACUGAGUGCGAUACUAAAACCAAUACACGUUCACGAACGUUGACAUUGAAGAAGGGCGAUCCAGCUUGCGAUCAGACUCGAACCAUACAAAAGAAAUGCAAAAAAGCCUGUCGCUAUGAGAAGGGGUCCUGGUCUGAGUGUACUACUGGACAAAUGACACGCGCUGAUAAAUUGAAAGCAACCAGCGAUCCAUCGUGUGAAGCAACACGUGUCAUCAAAAAGAAUUGCAAACCAGGCAAAUCCAAGGAUAAGAGCGCCAAAGAACAGCGUAAGAACAAGGAUAAAGGUGCCCGCAAAGGUCGUGCUUAAUUUAAUUAAUUAAAUUGAGUUGAGCAGUGGUUUGAGUUGAAAAAACUAAUAUAAGCCCAAGAAAUUUAAGAACAGGAAAGAUUGAUUUAAAUUUUACAAAACUAUUAAUGCAUAAAAAAUUAAAUAAAAAUAAAAUAUUUA